GCUUGAUCCUGAGGACCACAUCGGCUGUGGACCUCCUUAGCAGAAGAAGCAAGGAUGGACUGGAAGACCUUGCUGGUGGUUGGAGCUCUUACAAUCGGUGGGACCUUCUCACUUCCACACAAACCGCUGCCUUAUGACAAGGCCGUGGAGCUUGGAGUGGCCAUCUACAAUAGCAAAGCAGCAGAAAACUUUCUCUACCGUCUCUUGGAGGCUGUUCCUCAGCCUGAGUGGGAUCCCAAUUCUGAAAGCACUCAAGUGCUGAAGUUCACCAUGAAGGAGACAGUGUGUCCAGUGAAAAGCGAACAUUCUUUGGAGGAAUGUGACUUCCAAGAAGAUGGGGAGGUCAGACAAUGCAGAAGCUACUAUUUCUUUGAGGAGAGACCCCCAGUGAUUGUAGUCAUCUGUGCACCUGUGGCUGGACUGGAGGAGAAGAAGAGAGAAGAGGAGGAGAAAGAGGAAGAAGGGAAGGAAGUGGAGGACAAACAGGAGGAGAAGAAGGAGGAGGAGGGGAAGGGUCAGCCCAGGCGGGUCAAGAGAUUCAAGAAAUUUUUCAAGAAGAUCAAGAACGGCAUCAAGACAUUUAUAAAGAAAACCCAAAUGGCCAUCGGUUCCCAUUUCCGCUGGUAAACGAUGAGGAUCCAGAGUGGCUCCAAUCUCCGAUCCCAGAAGAAUCUCCACGGGAAAAGAUGCAGAGUCUCCGUUUUUCCUUCUUAAACCUACGUUGAAAAACUAACCUAAUUCGGACUGGCUAAAUGAUUAAAUUACAAUUUCCUCUGG